CUACUUUAUUGUUUCUAUUGCUCCUACUCAGACCAUCUCUUGUUACGAAAAUCGAACUCGGAGGCUGGUCCUGAUCCUACUCAGCCGUUUGGCGCAAUCUCACCCUCUCCUUUUGACGCGCCCUCAUAUACAACGCAAUACAACUAAAACUGCUCGUUCCAUCAUGUCUGCGAGCCCGAGCCGGAGCCCGGAGUCAAAACCGGCAGGGAACACGCCUCCCAUUGAUGUUGAUGUUGAGAACGAGCAGAAUGUGGACGCCGAAGAAGCCGUGCAGCCACCGACCCCUGGUGCAGGCGGGGACGACGCUGAUGCCGAUGAUAACGACGCCAAACCCGCCGUAGACAACGAAAUUGACAACGACAAUACAAAUCUGAAUGAAAACGAGGGGCAGAAUGAACUCAAUGAGGAUAACCUCGGUGAUUCAGAUGACGAAUCGAUUCUCUCUGAAGUAGACGAGGCGCAGUUUGAAGAUUUUGACCCGGAGAAUGUGGAUAUUGAAGACCGUCCGCAGCUGGAUAUCGAUGAGGAGAAUUUGAAGCUCAUUGGGCGGCAUAAAAGGAAGAGGACGGAAGAGGAGGGGACCUCCAAGCGGAAGAAGGAGGGCAGGCGAAGGAAAAGCCGGCGCUAUGCGGAGGAGGAAGAGGGUGGAAGUGAUAGAGAAGCUGGCGGGAAGCGAAGGAAGUCGAAGAAGGCGGAGCUUGAGGAAGAUGAAGAAACGCUUGACCCUGCUACGCGUCGACGAAGGGCUCUCGAUCGUGCUAUGGACGAGGCGCUGAAGAAACCUACCAAGAGAAGAGCCAGGAAACAGGAUGGAAUUGAUUUGGAACAAAUGGCAGAUGCUGAGAUCGAGGAUAUGCGAAAACGUAUGACUCACGCGGCGCAGAUGGAUGCUAUCAACCGGCGCGAAGGCAAACCAGCCAUGCACAAGCUCAAGAUGCUUCCUGAAGUCGUCUCGCUUCUCAACCGCAAUCAGUAUGUCAACAGUCUGGUCGACCCGGAAAUCAACCUGCUGGAAGCAGUCAAGUUUUUCCUUGAGCCGCUAGACGAUGGGUCUCUUCCGGCCUACAACAUUCAGCGUGAUUUGAUGACUGCAUUGGGCAAGCUGCCCAUCAACAAAGAGACAUUAAUUGCCAGUGGCAUCGGCAAGGUCGUGGUUUUCUACACGCGGAGCAAGCGUCCAGAGCCCGGUAUCAAGCGCAUGGCCGAGCGACUACUAGCUGAGUGGACACGUCCUAUUCUUCAGCGAAGUGACGAUUACUCCAAGCGAGUAUACCAAGAAGCCGAAUUCGAUCCUACGUAUGUCCUAUCCCCGUUUCUCUUAAAAAUCACCUCACGCGUCAAGUCAGUUCAAGAUAGCGCUGCGGAGGCGCGCGCACGCGAGCUCCUUCCUCCGCGCCUUGCUAACCGUGCGCGCGCCGAAAUCUCGCACACUAGCUACACUGUCGUUCCAAAACCCACGGUGGUGCAGGAGAGCAAGUUUGCGCGACCGUUGGGUGCUAGUGGUGAAGAUCGAUUUCGGAAGAUGCGGGCGCGACAGAUUGCUGCGACGAAGGGGCAAGGCGCGCGACGGUAGUUGGGUUUCUUAUCGAACUCGGCUCUCCGGUCGAUCGCUUGUAACUUAUGUAGUUUUGUAUUUGCUAUUUGCCACGGAUCAGGCGCUCGGGGGGUACAUUAUCUUGAUUUGAAA